AUGGAAAAGCCAGAUAUCUCCCAUAUUGAGCUCGGAGAAGAUGAGAAGCCACUGCCAAACCCCACCGGUAUGGUCACCCUUUACAAGGGUGACCAACUGGUGUUGAUCCCCACACCUUCGCGUGACCCUAGAGAUCCACUGAAUCUCCCUGCAUGGCGCAAAUGGGUUUUACUUAUACUGGUGUCAGCAUACAGCUGUACGGCUGUGGUCCUGGCCUCCGGAAUGGGAUCCAUCUUCUCGGUAGUGGCGGCAUCUUACCCAGGCGAAGAAGCCCGCGCCAACGACUUGAUGACAUACCCCACACUUUUCAUGGGAAUUGGGAAUCUUAUCAGCAUGCCAUGGGCAUAUACCACCGGUCGACGCCCCGUUUUCCUUGUGUCGAUACUCCUCUUGAUUGCGGGGGGAGUUUGGUGCCAGUGCUCAACAAGUUUGGGGAGUCACAUUGCUGGGCGAAACAUCAUGGCUCUUGCCGCAGGCCAAAGUGAAGCGCUUUCACCAAUGAUUGUUCAAGAAAUUCACUUCUUACAUGAACGAGGCCGAAAGAUUGGCUGGUUCGUGUUCAUCCAAAACAUCACUGCCGGAGUAUUCUUCGUCAUCACAACAUACAUGGUCAGCGCAUGGGGCUGGCGAUGGUGGUAUGGUUUCUUUAGCAUCAUGAACGGCGCGAUAUUCGUGCUUUCCGUGGUGUUCGUCUCCGAAACACACUUCGACCGAUCAGAGGAGGCAAUGAGAGGCGAACCAACCCCAGAUACCGACGCCGACAUCGAAUACCCACCUCGUCGCUGGAGCGAUGACCUCAAACCAUUCGUUAUGAAACCCCGUCUUCGCGAAAUCCCAACACUCUACAAACAUAUUCUCCAAGGACUCCUGAUACCGACUACAGUCUGGCUUCUUCUACUGAACGGAGCUCACCUAGGCGUCUAUGUCUUCGAGUCCUCUACAUUCUCGAGCAUCCUAAUGCCUCCACCGUACAGCUUCGGCUUUGAGUCUCUAGGCUACGUGCAAGCAGGACAAAUUGUGUGCUGUCUAAUUUUCCUUCCACUCCUCGGAUAUGGAGGUGAUCUGGUCAUCCGCCUCCUCACAAAACACAACAACGGUCUAUACAAGCCCGAGUACCGUCUCCCAGUUAUUGCAAUUCCCGCAGUUGUGGGAGUCAUCUGCGGGGUAAUAUACGGUCAAGCAGGUGCGAAUCCAAGUCAAUGGAGCGUGGCUUCGGUUGUGAUAGGGUACAAUGCUAGUUUCUUUGCGUUCCUAGGCGCGAAUAUUGUCGGUAUUACCUACGCAGUCGACAGCUUCCCAUUCCGUGCGGCGCCAUUCCUUGUGGUUAUCUGUGCUGGAAGAGGGUUUAUCUCCUUCGGAUUGAGCUAUGCUACACUGCCAGCUGUUCAAUCUUUGGGUUAUGACGGUACAAUGAUUGUGGAGGUGGCAAUUUGUGCCGUGUUGGCGCUUCUUGCCAUUCCCAUGUAUAUUUUUGGGCCCAGAAUUAGGGAUCUUGUCAAGAGGUUCUGCCAUGCUGAGUAA